CUCUGUUUUGCCGCACGCAUUCCUGCCAAAUUGGUAAUAAAACAGCAGUAUGAAAUUGACUCCAUAUGUGCUGAUAGCUCUAUGGAUAGUGAAUCCAGCUGAGUCCUGUUCGAAGCUAACACACGUUGCUCAGGCGGAGAGGUUCGAUGACAACGGCCUGAGAUGUUAUGACAACGUGAAGGUUCACAUGUGCGGUGGCAAGUGUGAGUCUAGCGAGAUUUCGGACUGGGAGUUCCCAUUCAAGAAGUCCCACCAUCCAGUCUGCGUGUACGGAGCCCGUCAUCUGCUGAUGGUGCGCCUGCGCCACUGUGACACUGGUGUCACCCCCGGGACUGACGUCUUCCGUUACGUCACCGCUGAGGACUGCCGUUGUAAGAUGUGUUCCUCACAAAAAACAAAUUGCGAAUGGCUGCCACCAAACUCGACGCUUCUCGAUGGUCUAAAGAAGAAAACAACAAAGAUUGAUGAAUAA